AUGACAACCAAAGCGUUGGCCGAAAACAGACGUCGAGAGCAGUACUAUGGCAAGUGGGCAUUUUGGAGAUUCUGUGGAAUGCAGGAACCUGCGUCUGUAUUCUUCUCCCUCUUGAAUCUCUAUGUCCACAUACAGGGUGGGCGGAAACUUCAACGACAGACGCCCCCACGGCACGCAAUGAAACCAUACUAUUUGGCUUUCACAUUGUCCAAUGUGAAUCUUUGGAUAUGGUCCGCAGUAUUCCACACGCGCGACAUGCCGCUGACAGAGAAGCUGGAUUACUUCUCUGCCGCUUUCGCCAUGCUCUGUGGAUUAUUUUAUACCAUCGUUCGACUUUUCCAUCUCUACAAUACGCCACGCACCGCCGCGCGCCAUCGCAUGAUGCGUCCACUGGCGGCACUCUUCAGUCUUCUCUUCCUCGUACACGUGUCUUAUCUCACCCUCCUCCCUCGUUUCGACUACGGGUGGAACAUGAAGGUCAACGUCGCUGUGGGGCUGGCAUACAAUUCCCUGUGGAUGGCCUACUCACUACCGUAUCCUCCAUACACGCGUUUCCUUGGCGUGUCGAACACGUAUCGACCUCGCUUUGUCUACGUACCGCUCCUACUCGGCAUGUCGAUGAUAGCCGCCGUCUCUUUAGAGAUUUUCGACUUCCCACCGUGGGGCCGCGUUAUUGACGCCCAUUCAUUAUGGCAUCUUGCCACCGUACCAAUUGUACUCUUUUGGUACCGCUUCCUGCUUCAUGACGCAUUGGAAGCGUCCUGGAAAGAAGCUGACAAGUCCUCCUGA